UUUUCUGCACUUUUAACCCACAUAUAUAGAGAUAGCUUGGUUGGUUUAAUUAUUGUGUAUGUAGUUGUUGCAACAGAAGGUUUCGAAGAUGAUUUCAAAGUGCACUAUAAUUGCGUUUACGUGCGCAUUGCUUACAAUAUGUGAAUCAGCUUUUGUUGAUACACUCACAAAAUGUGAAGUGGAUGAUAAAGCAUGCCUAAAAGAACUCACUCAGAAAAUGUUCAUAAAAAUAGCCCCAACUGGAGUUCCAGAAUAUAACAUACCUCCAUAUGAUCCGCUUGAACUUAAGGGUAUUAAAGUACCCAUUUUAGGACUUUUGACUAUUACAAUAGAAGAAGGAACAGCAAGGGGCAUUAAAGACUGCGUGUUUAAUAAAUUUAAUGUAAAUAUCAAAAAGGGGUAUUUAUCUAUGGCACUCACUUGUGAUCUAGACGUAGAUGUGAAAGUCAAGUUGGGAGAUAUAAACGAAGUGAUCCAAAACACGCUUGGCACCAAAGCAAUCGAAGGUAGUGGCAGUGCCAAACUAAAAUUAGAUAAAUUACAUAUUAAAAUAAAAUAUUUCUAUGAUAUCGUUAAAAGAGAUGACGGUAAAAUAUACAUCGAUUGUAAACCAGAAGAAGCAGUUUACGACUAUGAAGUAGGUGAUGCAAAAAUUCUUCUUGAAAAACUCUUUAUAGGAGGCGUAGAUGUCGCCAAGCAGGUAAAUGGAAUUUUACAACCAAACACCAAGGUCUUGGUAAGUACAUUUGGAUCGGAAUUCUUCAAAGUGGCUAAGAAUGUUGUAGCAGACAUUGUGCAUGCUAUCUUCGACAAGACCUCCACGGAUCACUUCAUCAGCACUGAUCUAUCACCUCAUGUAAAAAACGCUUAAAAUGUUCAAUUAGCGAAUGUUAUGACUAUUGUUAAUUAUGAAAUAAAUCUUAUUUAAUUAAAAACAAA